AUGCAUAUUUUACUCGAUAUAUCACUUGAUUGUGUUCUGCGUUCCGAUUUUGCUGCCGCGAUCCAGUUUACUGCUGCGAUCCGAUUUGAUAUCGAAUCCACAGGACCUGAGGAAUCUCUGUUGCGUUUCCUGGAGUCUUUACAGGUCUACAGUUGCCAAACUGUAGAAACCAUCACCAUCUAUCUUAGCGACUCGUCCUUGCGAUUCGACGUGGAGAAGAUCUUGCAGUCCAAGGCGAGGACACAACAUCUUCAAAAUUUAAAGCAUCUCCGUAUCACUUAUCCUCGACUCCCUCAUGGCUCAAUGACACGCGUGCGUUGUUCAGGAGGAGAUAUCUCGAUUAUCUCUAACACCGGUCGGUGGAUUAGCAGUAGUGCGAUUGCAGCAAGUUUGGCCCCUCUGCUAAACCAGUUGAUAGACAACAGUUUGAGAAAGUUAAGGUACGAAUGUCGGUCGUCAUUCCUCCUAGCAGGACUGACUCCUUCUCUUAGCUGGGAAUUGGCCACUUGUCUGCCGCUGGAGAUUUUAGAAUACUUCUCCACUAGACAGACGGAGAUUUAUUCUCUUACUUUCGUCAGUCGAGACAACUACUGCGCUGGUCAAUCUAAACAGCAUCAUGAAGCUGUUCGGCGACUUCAGAAGCUCCAAGAAAUCUCCUGUCUGUGUCAUAGAAGAACAGAUAUUGAGCUUCUCCAGACGUGCCUAGAGGUCAAUGCCCACCAUCUGUCGACACUAGCCGUUUCUUUUUUCUGGAGCUUUGACCUAAAAAGCUCCUGCCUAGAUGGGGUAGUCGGAAUGAGACUCCCAGCACUCCGCGAUCUUCGUCUCAGGCGUGCCCCACUACCAACAACAUUGAAGACUUCGCAAACAUGCAUCUUCAGCAACUUACACACACUAAUGCUGCAAGAAUGUGAAGAUACUUCCUCAUUUUUGGAAAUUUUGGCAGAUUCUGGGCAGAAAAUCCAGUUACGGGCCCUGGAAUUGACAUUUCCAGACCUCUUGGAACCCGGUGCGGUGCAAGGCAUUGUUAAGCUUCUCAACGCCUUUCAAGGCCUUCAAGAGCUGUUUUACCUUGCUGUUGACGUUGAGAACUUUUCUGAUAGUAUUGCCAGUGGCAUUCUCCAUCACCAAUCCUCCCUACGCCGAUUAGUAUAUCAUGAAAGACAGACCCUAUUUCUUGACAACAAUUAUUUUGACUCGUAUAAGGGUGAAGCCGAUUACAGCCACGAACUGGAUCUUAGAUCCUUGAAUAUAAACCCUGAUCAGGAUGUUGCUUCCUUUGAAAGGGCUGAAUUGCGCCAACUACUAAGCAAGUGCCAUCUUGAAUGUCUUGGACUGUGUGAGCGGCCCGAAGUUUUGAUGAACGUAAAGAAGAAACUGGGUCUGAUUGUCACACUGGGCGUUGGUUGUUCUAUUAUUGCAAAAUUGCUAAUGACAUCGUUGUGGUCUACAGUGCCUGCGUCGUCACCAUUUACAAGCGCACACGCCUGCCACACCUCGCCGACCAGUCUGAUUUUACCUGCAGUAGUUAUCUGGACCAGAUGGUCUAUCUUCCAUGCUUCUGUUGCAAUCAUUAGUAAUUCUAGAGACAUACUCGAGUUCAUGUUGUUUCUUACUCUUAGAAGACAAAGAAAGCCCUUUAAGCAGGCUCUCUGUCUCAUGUGUAGCUCUCCCCAGGCUUGGAAGCUUUCUAUCUGUAUAUACAGACCAAUCCCUCAUAGUGACAACAAAGAGACGAUGACAUCUGUCAUUGGUGAUGCAAAAACUCUCUUCUUUUCACCUUUUGCAUUACGUCCUCGUGAGAAUGGCCAGCAGUCGAGUCAUGAGCCAGGGGCUCUGUCACCUACCCCUAUUAAGCGCCAAAGCACUUUCAAGUCCAUGCAAAAACCAAUUCCUUAUGCCCCUACUUUUAGCACAAAGACCAAACCUGCAUCUGAACCCUCAGACAAACUAAUAAAGACUGACAGGGCCGCUCUUCUUGAUCAUAACCAGUACAAACAAGCAAGGCCCAAGACCAAAGAACUUUUGCAGGUGUACAACAUGGAUCCUCAGCAGGAUGCCAUUGAUCAUAUCCUUGAAGGAGUUGAAUCAAUUCAGAACCUGACAAGUGAUACUGUGGAGGCGCUACGGAAUAUGAUUGUUGGAAAGAUGGUAAUUGACAAAUUCAAGGUUAAAUUUGAGGAAUUUACAAUCUGGAGCAACAAGAAUGACCUGGGCGGCAUCGAAUAUGACUCCUACCUUGAAAGCAUCAUUAUUGAAGCACGACAAGGACCUGUGCAUGGAGAGACAGUUAAUGUCAUAAGCAACUGGUUUAGAGAGGUAGUGGGCAAGGUUCAAGAGGAAGAUAGUGUGAAUCUGAAGACCUAUCAGAACAAAACCUUCUGUCUUACUAGUGGCAAAUAUCGAGGCAGUUUUAAGGCGCCUGACAGUUCUAUUGUGGAGAAGGGAUCCCUUCGUCCUUUGAUAGCUCUUGAGGUUGCUUUCUCAUCCACCAGAAAAGAUCUGCUCGAAGAUGCAAAGGCCUGGUUAUAUGGAACCAACAACAUCACUGAGCUAGUCGUUGCAAUUGAUAUUAAGGAGCAAAGUGGUGAAAACAACAGCAAAGAAGAAGACUCAUUUUGGGGCUUAUCAGACCCAGAGAUUCUUCAACAUUUUGAGACUGAUGAUGCCCUCGCUGCCCAUAUCGUCAGGUGGGAUCAGGAUCAUGGAAACUGUUCACUCGUGGGAACCUUUACAGCUGAGAUGUGGUUCUGUACCAGAGAAACAUGCCAUCCAGACUCAAUACAACUCCCCCCCUCUUUAUGGACUUAUGUAUUCUCCCUCAGCAAACCUCUUCAAAAGAAAUUUUGCAAACUCGAAGACAAGCUACCACUAGAAGCACUGGAGCGUCAAUUGAGGGAUUCUCUUGAAUAUUAUCGAGAAGACAGAGCCUCAGUUCAGGCAUACAACAAACGUAAGGCUUUGGAGGAGGCAGAGGAGAGAAGAAAGCAAAGAGAAGACCAGAAGAGAAAACAACAGGACCAUCAAGAACUUCCUCAAACAUCGCGAGCUCAACGAGCGGGAAAACGGCAGAAGAGAUAUGAAGAAUGA